AUGGAGGAUCCAAAACGUGUGCAACAUGGUUUCGAUCCGCCUGAGGACGUUCCUCAACACACCGAGGAUAAGGCUUGGGAUGAAGACAAAAUCUCGAAGGUCGCUAGCUCCGACGAAUCUCCUCAUAACAGCAUCGGCGAAGGAAAUGUCGACGCGGUCACCGAUACCGAGAAACAGAAGAUAGCCGAAGGGGCUGCGCACUUCCGAAGGUUGGGCUGGAAACGUCUGACUGUGGUGCUUGUUGUCGAGGCUAUCGCUCUCGGGGUCCUUACGCUGCCCACCUCUUUUGCAAUCCUCGGCAUGGUGGCAGGUACGAUUUGCUGUGUCGGGGUGGGCGUCGUCGCAAUAUAUGCCAGCUACCUUGUCGGGGAAACGAAGAUCGCACUUCCGAACAUCCACCACUACGGGGACGUUGGGACGUUGAUGCUGGGGAAAUUUGGCCGAGAGCUUUUUGGGAUUAUGUUUGUCCUGCAGCUCAUUCUCGUGACGGCCUCCUACUGCUUGACUGGCACCAUUGCCUUUGAUGUUCUUACCAACAAUGCGACUUGCUCCAUGGUUUUUGGGAUUAUUUCGGCUGUGUUGCUGAUGCUUUUAGCCAUCAUGCCGUCGUUCACCGAUGCAGCUAUCCUUGGCUACAUCGACUUCGUCUCGAUUAUGGCAGCUAUUAUUAUCGCCAUCAUCGCCACAGGCGUCGAGGCAGCGAAUUCCCCCGGGGGUCUGGCGGGCGUCAACUGGUCUGCGUGGCCCCGACCCGGCACGACCGUUGCAGACGGGUUUAUCGCCGUGUCAAACAUCGUGUUUGCCUACAGUUUCUCAAUGUACCAGUUUUCCUUCAUGGACGAGAUGCACACGCCCCAGGACUACAUGAAAUCGAUCUGGACCCUGGGCGGCAUGGAAAUCGUGAUCUACACUCUCGUCGGCGCAUUGAUUUACGCCUUCGUCGGCGUAGACGUCCAGAGUCCCGCCCUGUUAUCGAUGAGCAGCUUGAUGGCCAAAAUCGCAUUUGGGGUCGCGCUGCCGGUGAUCUAUAUCUCCGGCGCUCUUAACAACACGGUCACAGCGCGAUAUGUUCAUCUGCGCAUGUACGAAAACUCCGUGGUCCGGUUCAUCAACACCCCCAAGGGCUGGAUCACAUGGCUGCUUGUUCUACUAGCCAUCACUGUCUCUGCGUGGGUCAUCUCGGAAGUGAUCCCGUUUUUCAACGACCUUCUCGCCCUCAGCUCAGCCUUGUUUGUGUCCGGCUUCGUUCUUUAUAUCCCAGCCGUCAUGUGGUUCAUGUUCCUGCGCAAACGCGAAGGCAAUAAUCGGAAGCGACUGCUGCAUGACUUGUCAGCUGCGUUCCUGUUCUGCGUCGGGGUUAUUGUGCUGGGUGGCGGAACCUAUGCAAGUAUCGUCGAUAUUAAACGCCAAUUUGACACGGGGGCUGUAAGGGGGGUUUUCACAUGUGCACCGAUGGCAUGA